AGCGGCGGCGGCGGCAUGAAGGUCACGUCGCUCGACGGGCGCCAGCUGCGCAAGAUGCUCCGCAAGGAGGCGGCGGCUCGCUGCGUGGUGCUCGACUGCCGGCCCUACCUGGCCUUCGUUGCCUCGAGCGUGCGCGGCUCGCUCAACGUCAACCUCAACUCGGUGGUGCUGCGGCGGGCCCGUGGCGGCGCGGUGCCGGCGCGCUACGUCCUGCCCGACGAGACGGCGCGCGCUCGGCUGCUGCAGGAGGGCGGCGGCGGCGUGGCGGCCGUGGUCGUGCUCGACCAGGGCAGCCGCCACUGGCAGAAGCUGCGCGAGGAGAGUGUCGCCCGCGUGGUGCUCACCUCGCUGCUCGCCUGCCUGCCUGCCGGCCCGCGGGUCUACUUCCUCAAAGGGGGUUAUGAGACCUUCUAUUCGGAAUAUCCGGAGUGUUGCGUGGACGUAAAACCCAUUUCACAAGAGAAGAUCGAAACAGAGAGAGCCCUCCUCAGCCAGUGUGGGAAAACAGUCCUCAGCCUCAACUACAGGCCUGCUUAUGACCAGGGUAGCCCAGUUGAAAUCCUCCCCUUUCUCUACCUUGGAAGUGCCUACCAUGCAUCCAAGUGCGAGUUCCUUGCCAACCUGCACAUCACGGCUUUGCUGAAUGUCUCACGGCGGACCUCUGACAUCUGCACGACCCACCUACACUACAAAUGGAUCCCCGUGGAAGACAGCCACACAGCUGACAUUAGCUCCCACUUCCAAGAAGCGAUAGACUUCAUUGACUGUGUCAGGGAAAAGGGAGGCAAGGUCCUGGUCCACUGUGAGGCUGGGAUCUCGCGCUCACCCACCAUCUGCAUGGCUUACCUUAUGAAGACCAAGCAGUUCCGCCUGAAGGAGGCCUUCGAUUACAUCAAGCAGAGGAGGAGUCUGAUCUCACCCAACUUUGGCUUCAUGGGUCAACUCCUGCAGUAUGAAUCUGAGAUCCUGCCUUCCAUGCCCACCCCGCAGGCUCCCUCCUGCCAAGGGGAAGCAGCAGGCUCUUCAUUUCUAGACCAUUUGCAGACACUGAGCUCUGACAUGCAGGGCUCCUACUAUACAUUUCCUACCUCGGUGCUGGCGCAAGUGCCCACCCACUCAACGGUCACAGAGCUCAGCAGGAGCCCAGUGGCCACAGCCACAUCCUGCUAAAUCCAGAAUGGGGAGCCAGCGCAGCCCCAAGAGCAACUGUGAUUCUGAUUUUUAAACUCAUGGACAUUUCAUACCUGUGCAAUACUGAAGACCUCACUCUGUCACGCUGAGCCAGUGGGAUAGUGAGGGGUCACCAGUUGCAAAUGAACUUCAUACUGACCUUGGGGAUACAUUCUUGGGACUGAAGGAAGGCCAAGCCAUUAUGUGAGCACAGCGUGUGCUGACUACUGUACUUCCAGACCCCCUGCCCUCUCAGGACUGCUCAGUCCUUGCACCUCAACGUUCGCCUUUUCAUUUCAAGCAUAAGGCAAUAAAUACCUGCAGCAACGUCAGAGAACGCAGUUGCUGGACCAGGAGAAAAGGCAGUUACAAGCCAAUUCAUUUUGAAGGAAGCACAAUUUCCACCUUAUUUUUUGAACUUUGGCAGUCUCAAUGUCUGUCUCUAUUGCUUCAGGGCAUAAGCUGAUCACCAUCUAGUCACGAAAGUAACCCCACUGGGUUUGUAGGUCCAUGGGUGUGAACCAUCCCAAUAGGAAUGUUGCUUUCCUGUUGAGGUGCGUCCCUAAGCUGACAUAAAAUAGAAGCCCUUGGGCACAGACCACCUGCCAGCCCACACGGGGAGGUAGAGCAACCUCAUUGGGUUGUGCAUCUGGUAGUUUGAACCUACAGAUGUUUUUGAGAUUCCCUUUUGGGUCCACUGGAGGCAGUUGGUUGAAGUAGCAAGACGUUGACUCUUUGGGGUUUCUUUUUCACUGUGAGUUCUUCCCUGACCUUGGACUUUGGUAUGAUUCUUAUUCAUACUUGAACCUUUCUUGUUGCAUCUCUUCUCAAAGCCCCUGUUGUGUCAUUUUAAAACUACUCUAGACUAUAGACCAAAAAUCAUCUCUUUGUGGUGGUAGCAGUGGGCACCAGGAGGACAAGUAAGCCCACUCUAUAUUAUGGUCAGUGGCAUUGAAAAUCGUCAUUUCGCCUGCUUGCUGUCCUUAUAUGUGCGCGUGUCUGUCUCUUGUGAUACUUAUUUUCAUCCCUGCCCCUAGGGGUUGUCUUCAAGCUGUUGACUUCUGGGGUUUGCAGAUUUUGCAAUGUGGUACUACUACUUUUUUGUCUAUAGGUUAUUUCUGUAGGGGAAAAGGCAAUAAUUUCCUAAAACCCUUGUGAAUGUGAAGAAAAGCAGUAUGUUACUGGUUGUUUUUUUAUAGUACAAAAUAAAAAUCAUAAAAGGAAAAAAGCACUUCUCCUUUGUCCUGAGUGAAUUGGGGUAAGGUAAGAGUACCUUGAGGUGGGGGCCCAGCCUGCCUCAGUGGGUUUUAUUUCCAAAUAAACUCUAAGGUGAUGGUGGUGGGGUGUGCAACUAUAGGCAUAAGGCUGUAUGUCAGCUUAUGAUUUAGUGAUCUUAACGAUACAGAAUGCCAUCUGCCUGCUAUGGGCUCUUCACUCCAUGACCCCAGGCAAAUAGUUCCACUUGAUCCUUGGAUUCCUUAUCUAUGAAAUGAGUGAGCUGUGUUAGAUGAUCCUGAAAGUCCCUUAUAGCUUGAGGCCCUUGAGUCCAGCAUCCUGAGAGCCAAGCUUGUGACCAGCCUCCACCCCCACGUCUGACACAAGGCAGAUAUUCAGAAAAUGUUGAGUAAAUAAACAGCCAAGGGAUGGAGAAGUAAACCAGACGAAGGUUUAGCUUAAGUGCCUGUUCCCUCCUCUUUUUACCCUUGCAACUAAUUCUUCCAGAUAAUUCCCUCAGGAGCUCUAUGUAAAUCCCUCAAUGGGUGGGUUUAAAUCCAAGGCUGAAUCAACUUGCCUUCUGAGUAAUUUCCACUGCGUUGUUGGAGGAAGGAAGGGGCAUAAUUGGCUUCUCCCCAUGCCUGGUCCUACCUCUGUUCCAGCCUAACUCUUAGGGCCUUUGUCCUAGUCAGGGGAUGUGGGAGAUUGACUGGAUUUGUUCUGCCCCAAUCAACUGGUGCCUAAUACAGGGGGGAUUCCAACCAUACCCUUCAAUCUCAGGGUCCAAAGAGGCCUCCAGCUCCUGCAAUGUGCACCAUGUCAGCAAAUAGCAAGAUGGCAACAGAAUCCAGGGUAGCCCAACUCUAAAUAUCUCACCUCAAACACUUUGCAUGAGACCUUGCUUUCCAAUCUCCUUUCUCCAAUCCACCCUGCACAGCUUCCUUGGAAAGCCCACAGAUGAGAAAGCCAUCCUGACAGGGGAGGCCAUAUUUUCUCCAGUCCACUCUCCUUGACCACAUAAUUCAAGCAAGAGUUUCCACAGGAACAAAGUGGACAGGGGUUGAAAAGUCCUGGGUUCUAGUCCUUAACCCUGAUACUGGAGGCCCCUUUCCUAUUUCACACCUCGGAGCCUCUGAUGACCCUUGGAGUGUGUCCUCGAAGGCUGCCUACUGUGUGGGCCUGUCCAGGUGCUAGAAGGGCCUCAAGCAGGGAAAGCAAGCAAGGAGUGGGAAGGGGGAUGCAGGCUGGGGUGAUGUGCUAAGCUGUGUCUCACUUGCUGACAUUUGCUUUAUUGGAUUAAAGUCUUUCUCCGAAGGGUGAGUAAGUCCUCUAAAUCAGGCAUAUGAAAAUUGCUCAUAAACUGGUGAGUCAUUGGAGGGUAAGCCAAGUGAAGGCCCACAGCUGGGGAUGCUCUGUAACUCUCCCUCCAUUUAAUAGUCUCUUCAAUUGCACCUCCAUUUUUGCCAAGACCAACUUCACACUGACCUCCAGGACCGGGUGGAAAUUCAAGCUGGCAGUGUCCACUUCCUUCAUGCUUGGACUUUAAGGGACACCUCUGUUGGUCUCCAGCAUCUUCUCAGAUAGAGGCAUGUCUGGGAGAGUAAAGAUGAUAAUUCUCCCUGAUUCUGCUUCUCUGCUGACCUCGUGCCACACUUUUGAUAUUAGCCAAAUGCCUGAGAGAGAACCAGGGUUCGAUAAGAACUAACUUAUUUUUACAUUCCAGUGGGAGUGAAAGUCAUAAAAAGUUAACAAAUAGGAGUUACUACUUAGAGGGUACAGAAUUUGUUUGGGGUGAUGAAAAAGUUUUGAAAAUAGAUAGUGGUGACAGUUGCACCACAUUUUGAAUGUAAUUAAUGCCACUGAAUUCUUAUAAAUUGGUUAAAGUGGAAAAAUUUAAUGUUAUAUACAUUUUACAGGAAAAAAAGAUAUUAAAAAAAAUAAUGAACAAUGCAAGAAUGCCUAAGGGAUGAGUCAAGGCAGGAUUCGGAAUGCUAGGGCAGUUAAUGCAUGCAAUCAGUUUCCACCCAGUUCAGAGAUCUGCCUAGCUCAGAUUCCCUUACAGGGCAGUUUCAGCUGGAAGGCACAGGAAUCCUGCCAAGUUGCCAUGUAAAAUGCUUAACUAAUACUUGCAGAUUGAGUGUCCAAUAAGAAGGGCACAAUAAAACUCAAUCCCCCUGCCUUGUCCCAUCUCCAGUGAGCACCCUAAGGUGAUAAAUUAUGGUAUCUAAAUUUUAAAUGUUGGCUUACUUGUAGUAGCAGAUCAAAUCUCCCCCAUUCAUUUAUAAAGUUUACAGAAACCAAUAUGCCACCAGGUGAGGGGCUUAAAAUAGACCCUUGAAGCGUCUGUACAUUUGUCAUUCUGGGCUUUCUCAGAAGCCAGGAGAAAAUGUGCACUUGAGAGGAGCAAACCUCCCAAAGAGUAGAGCCUCAAAUAUACCGUUAUGGUGGGAAGAUGAAAAACAAACUAUUUCCAAUUGGCAAGGAAAGAACCGUGGACUUAGAAUCGGGAAGCAUGGCUUCUGGUACCAGACCCUGGGGAAAUUCAUGCUUGGGACCUUAAAAGAGAGCUGUCCCCAAAGGCAACAUAUGUGUAUGUGAGUGUAAGGAUGGGGGUUGUGGGAUGAGUGGGGGACUGGGAACAAGUCCUCUAAUCCCCUAGAGCCUCUCAGGCUAGAAGUAACUUCGAAAAGUCGUGUAGUUCCAUUUCAUACCUCAGAAGAACCACCCCCCAAAUAGCCCAGAAUUACCUGUUUUUUAUAGAAAAGCAGGGGAGGGAGAUGACAAUUUCAAUGUUCCAAGCAAUUACUAUGGGCAGGCCCCAUGCUGGGUGCUUUGUAUGUGUUCUCUCAUUUAAGAUCUACCAGAAGCCUGCAAGAUGGAUAUUGUUAGCCCUGUUUUACAGGUGAGAAAACUGAGCGAUUACAUGCUUCACCCAAGGUUACACAACUAGAGCCUGUCAAUGUCAGACCCACAAUACCCAACUCACGUUGGACUCCAAAGGUCAUACUCUUUCCAAUACACAGUACUGUUUCCAGAAAAGGAAAUUCAAAAGUUUCUCAGUUAUGUGUCUCCAUGUCUAUGCCCUUAAAUAUGGUUAUGAACUCUAUUAGUUCUUUGGAGCAGGGUUUCAAGUGAUCUCAUUAUAAAAAAGUUCAUUAACUUUACAAAGUCUUCUUUUCCAACAUUAUUGCAUUUAGAUCUGGGAACUGAAUUUUAAAUGGGUUAUGAACAAGCUGGUGUGUACGCAGAUGAUGUCAAACAGGGCAGUGAAGGGAUUAGAGACUAUGUUAUACGAAGGGUUAGAAGAGGUGGUGAUGUUUGUCCUAGAUAGAAGAGUCAAUGAAUUGUCUAAAAGAAGUUGUAUAGUGUUUAGGAACUCAAAGGCUGGAGCUUCAUAAAUUCAAGUUUAAAUUCUGGCUCUGCCACUUACUAGCUGUGUGGACAUGGACAAAUAUUUCAGUCUCAAAGUUUUUAUACAUAAAAUGGGUACACUACUGUGUGGGUACAAUUAUGAAAAGUAAACGUGAUGAGGAAUAAUAAAUGUGAUAAGUCCUCAAGGAAUGGUGGUCAUGACUUAAUUACAACAGUCACAGUGGUGGACUAGGGUUGGGCAAGCAGAAGUGGGGUUUCUAUUGGCAUGGCUGCUGCAGAGGGGGCUUUUGCACACAUCCCUCCUCUACGGGGAAGGCUCAUCCUUUCCCAUCUUCAUCCUCCUAAUUUAUGGGUCUCCUAUGGAUCUCACCCAUGACUUCCCUUACUCAGGGAAACCUCUUCAGAUUUCAGGCUUCCAUAUUAAAUGCCCUCUGGGUAACUAUACCUACAUCCAGAGCUCUAUCACAAUGGGAAUUAAAUAAUGAUGUUUGUAAUUUUCUUAAAUUAACUUUAUUGAAGUAUAAUUUACACACAAUAGAAUUCACCCAUUUUAAGUUUACAGUUAAAUGAGUUUUGACAAAUGUAUACAGGUAGUCCCUGACUUACGAUGGGGUUCCAAUCCAAUGACUUCCUCGUAAAUAGGUUCUGACGCAAGUUGAAUACGUAAUUUAUUUUUUAGUUUUCAUUAUUAUUGCCUUUUAUUAUUAUUAUCUUUGUAAAUACAAUCUUUGAACAUCUGCGAGUGAACAUCUGAGAAUCAACAAGUUACAUGCUUCAACAUUGUGUGUAGCACAUGUUACUAACAAUAAGAUGUACAAAAAAAAAAAAAAAAAAGAUGGUCUUACAUGCAGUUUGUUGUAAGUUGAAUAUAUCAUAAGUCAGGGACUACUUGUACAUACAGAUCAUUAAAAAGAGACAGGAAAAAAAGAAAAGACCAAAGAUGUCAGAAGAGACUCUGAAACUUGCCCUUGAAUGUGGAGUAGCUAACGCAAAAGGAAGAAAUGAUGAAGUAAAAGAGCUGAACAGAAGAUUUCAAAGGGCAGUUCAAGAAGAAAAGUAAAGCAUUGUAAUGAAAUGUACGAAGACAUGGAAUUAGAAAACCAAAAGGGAAGAACACGCUGGGCAUUUCUCAAACUGAAAGAACUGAUGAAAAAAUUCAAGUCUUGAGUUACAAUAUUGAAGGAUUCUAUCAGGAAGAUAUUGAAUGAUGGAGAAGUAUCAAAAGAAGAUGGAAGAAAUAAACCAGUCACUGCACCAAAAAGAAUUGGUUGAUGUACAACCAUUUCAGGAGGUACCAUAUGAUUAAGAACCAAUGGCGCUGAAGGAAGAAAUAUAAGGUGCAUUGAAGGCAUUGGAGAAAAACAAGGCUCCAGGAACCGAUGGAAUACCAAUCGAGAUGUUUCAACAAAUCGAUGUAGCACUGAAUGUGCUCCCUCGUCUAUGCCAGCAAGACAGCUAACUGGAAGAGAUUCAUAUUUGUGCCCAUUCCAAAGAAAGGUGAUCUAACAGAAUGCAGAAAUUAUCAAACAAUAUCAUUAAUAUCUCACACAAGUAAAUUUUGCUGAAGGUCAUUCAAAAGCGGUUGCAGCAGUACAUUUACAGGGAACUGCCAGAAAUUCAAGCUGGAUUCAGAAGAGUAAGUGGAACAAGGGCUAUCAUUGCUGAUGUCAGAUGAAUCUUGGCUGAAAGCAGAGAAUACCAGAAAGAUGUUUAUCUGUGUUUUAUUGACUAUGCAAAGGCGUUUGACUGUGCGGAUCAUAACAAAUUAUGGAUAACAUUGCAAGGAAUGAGAAUUAUAGAACACUAAAUCAUGCUUGUGUGGAGCCUGUACAUAGACCAAGAGACAGUCGUUCGAAUAGAACAAGGAGAUACUGUGUGGUUUAAAGUUAGGAAAGAUAUGCGUCAGGGUUGUAUCCUUUCACCAUACUUAUUCAAUCUGUAUGCUGAGCAAAUAAUCCAAGAAGCUGAACUAUAUGAAGAAGGUGGCAUCAGGAUUGGAGGAAGGUUCAUCAACAACCUGCAAUAUGCAGAUGACACAACCCUAUUUGUUGAAAGCGAAGAGGACUUGAAGGACUUGCUGAUGAAGAUCAAAGACUACAGCCUUCAGUAUGUAUUACACCUCAACAUAAAGAAAAUAAAAAUCCUCACAACUGGACCAAUGACCAACAUCAUGAUAAAUAAAGAAAAGAUUGAAAUUGUCAAGGAUUUCAUUUUACUUGGAUCCACAGUCAAUAGCCACGGAAGCAGCAGUCAAGAAAUCAAAAGACACAUUGCAUUGGGCAAGUCUGCUGCAAAAGACCUCUUCAGAGUGUUAAAAAGCAAGAUGUCACUUUGAGGACUAAGGUGCACCUGACCCAAGCCAUGGUGUUUUCAGUCACCUGAUAUGCAUGUGAAACGUGGACAAUGAAUAAGAGAGACCAAAGAAGAAUUGCCGCCUUUAAAUUAUAGUGCUGGCAAAGAAUAUCGAAUAUACCAUGGACUGCCAGAAUAAGGAGCAAAUCUGCCUUGGGAGAAGUACAGCCAGAAUGCUCCUUAGAAGCAAGGAUGGCAAGACUUUGUCUCACAUACUUUGGACGUUUAAUCAGGAGGGAGCAGUUCCUGGAGAAGGCCAUCAUGCUUGGCAAAGUAGAAGGUCGGGGAAAGAAAGGAAGACUUCCAAUGAAAUGAAUUGACACAGUGGCUGAAACGAUGGGCUCAAGCAAAGCAACAAUUGCAAGGAUGGCAUGGUAACUGGCGUUGUUUUGUUCUUUUGUACAUAGGAUCGCUCUGAGUCAGAAGCGACUGGAUGGCAGCUAACAACAACUAUAGCUAAUAUGAUACUAUCUUAAUUACUACAGCUUUUCAGUAAGUCUUGAAAUCAGAGGUUUGAGCCCUCCAACUCUUUAUUCUUCCUUCUCAAGAUUGUUUUGGCUAUUCUGUGUCACUGGAUUUUCAUGUGCAAUUUAGGAUCAGCUUGUCAAUUUCUGCAAAAAGUCAGCUGGGAUUUUGAUAGGGCUUGCAUUAAAUCUGUAGAGCAAUAUGGAGAAUAUUGCCGUCUUAACAGUACUAAGUCUUCCAAUCUAUGACUUGGGCCAUCUUUCCAUUUAUUUAAGUCUUUAAUUUCCAUCAACAAUGCUUUGUAGUUUUCAGUGUACAAGUAUUACACUUCUGUUAUUAUGUUUAUUUUUAAAUAUUUUUUCUUUUUGAUGCUAUUGUAAAUGGAAUUGUUUUCUUAAUUUCAUUACAUGGGUUGAUUUUUGAAAGUUGAUUAAACCUUGCAUUUCUUGGAUAAAUCCCACUUGACCAUAAUAUGUUAUAUUUUUUAUAUAUUGCUGCAUUUGAUUUGCUAAGAUUUUGUUAAGGAUUUUUGUAUCUAUGUUUAUGCGGGGUAUUGGUUUCUAGUCUUUUCAUGUGGUAUAUUUAGUAUCAGGAUAAUGCUGCCCUCAUAUGAUGAUUUGGGAAGAGUUCCUUCCUCUUUGAAUUUCUGUAAGAGACUGUAUAGAAUUGAUAUUUCUUCUUCAAAUGUUUGGUAGAACUUAACGGUGAAGUCAUUUGGGCCUGAAGUUUUCUUUUUGUGAAGAUUUUAAACUAUGAAUUCCAUUUAUUUAAUAGAUAUUGAGCUACUCCAGUGAUUUGUUUCUUCUGGAGUAAGCCUUAAUAGUUUGCGUCUUUCCAAAUAAAUUAUUUAUGUCAUCUGCAUUGCUGAAUUUGUCUAGCAUAAAGUUGUUAAUAAUAUUUUCUUAUUAUCCUUUUAAUACCUUAGGAUCUAUAGUGGUAGUCCCUCUCUCAUUCCUUAUAUAAGUAAUUUUUAUCCUUUCUCAUUUUUUCCUAUCAGUCUAGCUGGAAAUGCAUCAAUUUUAUUCAUAUUUUCCAAAAAUAUAGCUUUUGGUUUCAUUGAUUUUUUUUCUCUGCUGUUCAUCCAUUUUCUACUUUAUUGAUUUCCGUUCUUAUCUUUAUUUUCCCAUCCUUCUGUUCACUUUGGGUUUAAUUCUUUCUUUCUUUCUUUUUGUUCUAAUUUCUUAACCUGGAAACUGAUAAUUGAUUUUUAUACUUUGCAUGAUUUGAUCCCUUUAAAUCAUUGAGAUUUCUUUUAUGGCCCAAAGUACGAUCUAUCUUGGUGAAUAUUUCAUGCACACUUCAAAAAAAAAAAUAUGUACUCUACCGUUGUUGGGGGUGGCAUUAUGAAAUUUCUAUUCGGUCAAGUUGCUUGAUAAAGUUAUUCAAGUCUUCCAUGUCUUACUGAUUUUCUGUCUACUCUCCUAUCAGUUACUGAGAAAACAAGUCUCCAGCUAUAAUUGGGAUUUGCCUAUGUCUCCAUUCAGUUCUGUUAUAAUUGGAGUUUUUCCUCAUGUAUUCUAAAGCUUUGCCAUUAAGUGUAAAAAUGUUUAGGAUUGUUAUGUCUAUUUGAUGAACUGACCUCUUUGUCGCUUUGAAAUGUUCCCCUAUGUCUUAGUAAUAUUCCUGGUUCUGUUUUCUGUAUUGUCUGGUAUUAAUAUUGCUACUCCAGCUCUCUUUUUACUAUUGCUUGCAUGGUAUAACUUUUUAUUUUACUUACCCUCUACCUGUGUCUUUAUAUUUAAAGUUAUUUUCUUGUACACAACAUAUAAUAGAGUCUUGGUUUUCUUAUCCAGUCUCUCUCUGCCUUUUAAAUUGCAUUUAGUGUAAUUAUUGAUACUGUUGAACUUAAAUCUACCAUUCUGCUGUUUGUUUUUAAUGUGUUCCUUCUGUUCUUUGUACAUUUUUUCCUCUGUGUCUGCCUUCUUUUGGAUGAUUUGAGUAUUUUUUAAAAGAUAAUUUUAUACUUUCUCCACUAUUGGCUUAUUGGUUAUACCACUCUCUUGUUGUUGCUAAUGGUUGUGCUAGUAUUUACAAUAUAUGUCUUACCACAACCUUCAAGUAAUGUUAUAUUAUUUCGUGUCUAGUGAAAGAACUUGUAACAGUAAACUUAUAUUUCCCUCUUCCUAGUCUUUGUACUAAGCUGGUACUUGAGGCAGCCUUUGAGAUUAUCUAAUUCAAUUGUUAUAAUAAAUUUACUUCUACAUAUGUUAUAAACCCCAUAAUAACUUAUUAUUUUUCCUUUAAACAAUCGAUUACCUCAAGUAGAUUAUAAAACAUGAGGAAACCAUUUUUCUAGACCCUUGAUUUAUAUAAAAAGUGACCAGCCCAGGGGGUGUGAGGAUGGCCUGAAUCAUGAUGGUGGCUCUUGCAGUGAGAAUAGAGGACAGUUCCUGAGCCCGCCGCUGCCUGCAGCUCCACUCUGGGCCACAUGUUCUCCCAUCCUUCUUAGUUACUGCCCUAGUAGUGGAUAGGGCUGACUACCUCCAUUGUUGGGCUCCUUUCCUCUUUCUCUAUAGAUGCCCACAGCCAAAGACAGCUGCGAUACCACCUUGAGCUCCUUUUCAAGUUUGCAAGGACAUUGACCUUUAUUCCAGAGCAUUAAUAAUCAUGAAUGUUCACAUUUAUUGAGGUCUUUCUAUGUGCCUAACACCUUGCUAAGCCCUUUGUGUGCAAUAUCUCAUUUAAUUCUCACAGAAACCUGAUGAGGUAGAUGCUGUUAUUAUCCCCUUUAUACAGGUGAGAAAAUGGAGGCAAGAUAAUGUUAGUAAAUUACUCAAGGUCAUACAGCAAGUUCAAUAAGGGAACCAAAAUUUGGUCCCCAUGGUCUGACAUCAGAGCCAAGCACUCUUAUGCACAGGGACAUUUUGCUACCCUCUUAAUACACUCACCUCCACUGAUGUUUUACACCUGGUGAACAACCGAGGAUCCCAUCUCUCCCCAUUCCAUCCUGCACGUGAGUGUAUGUGUUUGUCUUAGUCAUCUAGUGCUACCAUAACAAAAGUACUGCAAGUGGAUGACUUUAACAAAGAGGAAUUUAUUUUCUCACAGUCUAGUAGGCCAGAAGUCCAAAUUCAGGGCACCAGCUCCAGGGGAAGGCUUUCUCUCCCUGCCGGCUCUGGAGGAGGGUCCUUCUCAUCAAUCUGUCCCUGGACUAUGAGUUUCUCUGCACAGGGACCCUGGGUCCAAAGGAUGCGCUCUGCUCCUGGUGCAGCAUUCUUGGUGGUAUGAAGUCCCCACUCUCUGCUUGCUUCCCUUUCCUUUUAUCUCUUGUAACAUAAAAGGUGAUGCAGGCCACAUCCUAGGGAAACUCCCUUUACAUUGGAUCAGGGAUGUGACCUUAGUAAGGGUGUUACAAUCCCAGCCUAAUCCUCUUUAACAUAAAAUUGUAAUCACAAAAUGGAGGAUAACCACACAAUACUGGGAAUCAUGGCCUAACCACAUUGACGUUGACGCAUAUUUUGGGAGGACACAAUCCAUGACGGUGUUGAAGCACACACACUCUAUUUAUCAGUGGGGUUUAGUGGCAAGCAUUCUGGACUGGGAGUUAGGGGAUUAGGUUCUCAUUCCAGCUCUGUUGCUUUCCAGACUUGUCUCUUUAGGCAUGUUAGUUAACGUCUUUGGGCUUAUAGUUUCUCAAUACCUAAGGUAAGGAGAAUGAAUUAGAUAAUCUCAAAGGCCACUUCAAGUACCAACAUCCUGUGAGUCUAUCAGUUAGUGGCCUUGCUGAUAGAGAGCUAAUAAUUACCUAACCUGGCAGGACAUCUAAGAUUUAUUUACUUUAAUUACGUUUUUCAAAACCAUAGAGCUUAGCCACUCACUUUAUGCUCACAUAUCUUCUCUGGCUUCCUGUUUAUCCCAGAGGUUAUCUUUUCAAACUGCCCUUUGGGUGUAUAAAAUCUCCUUUGUGUUCACUACAUAUUAUUAAAAGAAAAAUUAGGUGAACAAAAAGCAAGUUGCAAAACUGUAUGUAGCCCAUCUUAUUAACAACAAAUGUGUGUGUACGUUUAUGCUUGUAUUUACACUUAUGUUUAUAUAGUCUGAAAAAAUGUACACCAAAAUGUUAGGUAUGAUUAUUUCUGAAUGGUGAAAUGAUUGGUAAUUUUCAUUUUAUUUUUUCUCUCUAUAUUUUUGUCCUUAGUAACUUUUUUCCCAAUGGGAUUGCUUACAUUUUCAAUACGUAUCGCUUAUAAACAUUAAGCUAGAAAACCAAUAAAUAAUGUCUCCUUUGGACUCAGAAUCUCUCUGGCCCUUUAACAUGGUCUCUGAUGUCUUCUCUGGGAGUGGCUACAAAUCUCUCUGUCUUAAAUGACAAGAAAUUGGGGAAUAGGAUGCAUGCCUCCUGGGACUGAGCAAAUUAGCUUCUGGAAGUCACCCUUCUCUAGCCCCAGCUUUUAGCUAUGCCCCACCUUCCCCCACCCCGAUUCACUCACUUCCCGUAAGCAACAUUAUGAUAAACAGAGAAAAAAUUGAAAUUUUCAAGGAUUUCAUUUUACUCAGAUCCAUAAUCAACAGCCAUGGAAAUAGCAGACAAGAAAUCAAAGAACAUAUUGCCCUGGGCAAAUUUGCUGCAAAAGACCUCUUAAAAGAGUUAAAAACCAAAGAUGUUGCUUUGAGGAGUAAGGUCUGCCUGACCCAGGCCUUGAUAUUUUCAAUCACCUUGUAUGCAUGCAAAAGCUGAACAAUGAAUAAGGAAGACCGAAGAUGAAAUGAUGCCUUUGAAUAUGGUGUUGGUGAAGAAUAUGCAAUAAACCACGGACUGACAGAAGAACAAACAAGUCUGUCUUUUUUUUCCUUUUGUGUCACCACAGAUGGAUAUUUUCCCCAACUGGUUUUUCCACUUUCAGCUUCUCUCUCUACGAUCAAUCUUGAGCAAUCCCAGCAUUCAAUAAUGCCAAUUAUGCAUAAAUCAGACCAAUAAUGGAAGAAGGGUGGUAUUUAGAGUUGAAGAAUGAGGUUUGAGUCCUGAAUCUUCCCUGGGUAUACGAGGAUGAUAUGAAAAGCACUUGGGAAACUGCAAAGACUGGAUCAAUGGGAGCUGUCAUUGUCAAGAUCCUGUGCUGAGCCCCGUGGGGGAACAUAAUGGAGAGGAAUUUGUGUACUCAAGGAGCUUAGGGUUGUUUGAGAGAUUCAAGGUAUAAAUGCAAAGAGAGUCAGUGGAGACAGGAAAGGAUGCAGAGACAAUAACCAGAGACUUGGGGCUGAGUGGACCCUGCAGAGGAGGAAGAAGGACGAGUCAAGAACCAUCAUAGGGUUUGGGGCCAGGGUGACCAAGAAAAUAGUGGUGCCAUUAAUUGACUUAUCAGUUAUGUAAUCCAUUCAUUUUUCAUUCAUUCCACAAACACAAUUGAGCAUCUGCCAGUACUAUCAUUGGUGCAGAGAUGCAACAGUGAGCAUCCCCUCCCCCCAUCCUAUUUUGCUUAUAUUCUGUGGGACAACAGGCAACAAGGAAACAAGUCCAUACGUAAGAUCACUGCCGAUGGUGAUAAGUGUUAUGAGGAAAAUAAACCUGGGUAGUGUGUCAGAGAGCAACCGGGGGAGGUGACACUUGUGCUGACAUGUCAUUAGCUGAAAUAGAAGCCAGGGGCUGGUCUGAGGAGGAAGAUGAUGAAUUCUGUGUUGCAGCUGCUGAUUCGGAGAUGCCAAGACUCCCCUCCAGGUGAAAAUAUUUUAGCCGCCUCUAAAGGCAUUCAACUGUGUGGAUCAUAACAAAUUAUGGAUAAUAUUGCGAAGAGUGGGAAUUCCAGAACACUUAAUUGUGCUCAUGAGGAAACUGUGCACAGAUCAAGAGGCAGUUGUUUGAACAGAGCAAGGAGAUACUGCAUGGUUUAAAAUCAGGAAAGGUACGUGUCAGAGGUAUAUCCUUUCACCAUACUUAUUCAAUCUGUAUGCUGAGCAAAUAAACUGAGAAGCUGGACUAUGUGAAGAAAAUCAUGGCAUCAGGAUUGGUGGAAGACUCAUUAACAACCUUUGUUAUGCAGCUGACACAACCUUGUUUGCUAAAAGUGAAGAGGACUUGAAGCACUUACUGACGAAGAUCAGUGGGGGUUAUACCUCAACAUAAAGAAAACAAAAAUCCUCACAACUGGGCCAAUAAGCAACAUAUGAUAAACAGAGAAAAAAUUGAAAUUGUCAAGGAUUUCGUUUUACUUGAAUCCACAAUCAACACCCAUGGAAAUAGCAGUCAAGAAAUCAAACAACAUAUUGCCCUGGGCAAAUUUGCUGCAAAAGACCUCUUAAAAGUGUUAAAAACCAAAGACAUCACUUUGAAGACUAAGGUCUGCCUGACCCAGGCCUUGAUAUUUUCAAUCACCUUGUAUGCAUGCAAAAGCUGGACGAUGAAUAAGGAAGACCAAAGAAGAAAUGACGCCUUUGAAUUACAGCAUUGAUAAAGAAUAUGGAAUAUAUCAUGGACUGCCAGAAGAACAAUCAAGUCUGCCUUGGAAGAAGUACAGCCAGGGUGCUCCUUGGAAGUGAGGAUGGUAAGACUUCUUCUCAGGUACUUUGGACAUGUUACCCUGGAGGAGGACAUCAUGCUUGGUAAGGUAGAGGGUCAGCAAAAAAGAGGAACUCCCUGGACAAGAUGGGUUGACACAGUGGCUGCAACAGUAGGCUCAAACAUAGCAACGAUUGUGAGGAUAGCACAGAACCGGGUGGUGUUUUUUUCUGUUGUACGUAGGGUGUCUAUGAGUCAGUACCAACUAUAUGGUACCUAAGAACAACAAACUCUACAUCAUAUCAUUCUCUGGCUCAGAAAGUUGCAAUGGGUUUCCAUUGCCCUCUGGACAAAAUCCCAAGUCUUUAACUUGCCAUUCAAGGGCCUUUACAGUCUCACCCAGCCUGUCCGCCUACCUCCCCCAACCUCACAUGACCCUUCCACUCUGGCUGUGAUGGGUUAUUCUCUGUCCCCAUUUAGGCCAUGUCCAUACUUAUGUCUCUAUACUGACCUCUCUAGUCCACAACUGUCCUGCUUUUGGGGCUCAGGCCUUUUUUCUACCCUCCUGUCCUCUUCUUGUUAUUGUUAGCUGCUGUCAAGUCAGCCCCCCACUCAUGAGGACCCCAAGCACAAUGGAAUGAAAUGCUGCCCAGCCCUGUGCCAUUCCCAUCACUGGUUGCAUUUCAGACCAUUGUGAUCCACAGGGUUUUUGUCGGCUGAUUUUCAGAAGUAGAUCGCCAGGCCUAUCUUCCUAGUCCAUUUUAGUCUGGAAGUUCCACUAACACCUGUUCAGAAUCAUAGCAACACACAAGCCUCCACCGACAGAUGGUGGUGACUGCACACAGGAGGUGCUUUGGCCAGGAAUCAACUACAUGGAAGGCAAGAAUUCUACCACCCAACCACCAAUGCCCUCUGCCUGUCCUCUUCCCCCGCUGCGGUCAAGUCUAUUCUGACCAUGGCAACCUUAGGUGCUUCAGAGUAAAACUGCACUCCACAGGGAUUCCUUGGCUAUAAUCUCACAGAAGCAGAUUGCUACGCCAUUCUUCUGCAACACCACUGGGUGAUUUGAACCUCCCAACCUUUUGGUUUGUAACAGAGAGCAAACUGUUUGACCUAGCCAGGGAUCUUCCUGCCUUUUGUUGUUGUUGUUGUUAGGUGCUGUU